AUGGUCUUCCCAUUGUUCACUAUGCCCUGCCUCCAUGACCACCACCAUCAGCCCCCUAUCCUUCAUUCUCGCGACUCCUAUGAUGGACAAAUAUCAUCCUCAGCGGCUGUUGGCCUCACCGUUGGAAUCACCCUCAUUGUAGUCAUCAUCGCCGCCAUCACCUACCUUUGGUGCUGGCGCCAAAGUCACCGCCACCGGCGAGCUCGGCGACGACGACGCUCUGAGUCGCGCCAUCGCCGCGACAACCAGCAAGAGCAAGCAAAUGCUGCUGCAUGUGGAAACAAUGAGAGGCCAAAUGAGGUCGAUCAGGUGCCUCAGGGACAGAAUGCCGCUGCCCAGAAUGAAGAGGGACCUCCACCACCUGCUAUACCCCUGACGGUUCAUCACCACCAGCAUGAGGACAAGCAUUUCCACGGUCACUGCCAUGACCAUCAUGACCAACAAGAUGAUCAUGAGGAUGGCCAAGGCUCUCCCACGGAUUCUGAUUUUGACCAUCGUCACGUAAACUACCAUCGCCAUCGCCGUUUCAACCGCGCCCAGCGGAUCUUUCACCCACAAGACCCCAUUGCGGAGGCUGAAGAUCCAAUCCAGCCACAGAUUCGACUAGCGGACUUGGAGGCUAUUUUCAAUGGACUAGAUGUACCCCUGACGAAUGAUCAUGUUCAUGUCGCUGCGAAAGAAGAGAAGAAUGGGGACCGUGAGAAGAAGCACAGAGAGAAACGUCGUAAGCGACACCAUCGCCAUCACCAUCACUGCCACCAUCGGCAUAGGCGAGUGAUGAUUCGCUAA